AUGCAUGGCCUGACCCGCACGCCCAUCACUCGCAGCGAUCCGCCAAGAGCACAGCGGGCAUGUCCGUCGCAGCGUCUUCGUGGUGUUUUGCAACUCGGGGAGCCACACGCGCGCUCCUGCCGUUCAGGGUCGCACCCGGAGCCGUGGGCGCUGGGUGCAGGUGGUGUGGCGAGUGGCUCACGGGAGAAGCGACGUGGAAGAAAUUUCGAAGCUUGGGAGCUGAGCACCGACCUCUCGCCCGUCACGCCGUCGCCACUGACGCCUAUCUCUGACGGGGCACACCAUACCGCAAUCAAGGUUUGGAUAGCCGUUCACCAGACCCCGCCGCUGAUGGAGGUGCCGCCCACGGUGCAUGGAGGCGUAAGAGGCGCUCUGAGGUCGCAGUGGCUCUCGCAGUCGCAAGCAGCGAGCCUCUGCUGGAGGCCGUGCCAAGGCCAGGGCUUCUGGGAGGCCUGA